GUUACUGAGCAGGAGGAGGAGGAGGACAGGGAGAAUUGAAAGGGGGAGAGACGACUGUAAUUUCUGUUGCAUCUGGCACUGAGCCCUCUGACCAGCCCAGUCCUGCUGCAGCUCCUCACGGGAAGCAUACAUGAGCGAGAAAGCAGAAGCUGCCUGAGUUUAGAGAAAAGUUGUGAGAGUGUUUGUGUGUUUGUGUGUCAGCAUGGCCGGGGGCUCGGUGUUUGAGUGUAAGGAGUACUUGUUCAAAGUACUGGUCAUCGGGGAAUUAGGCGUCGGGAAAACGAGCAUCAUCAAACGCUACGUGCACCAACUUUUCUCGCAGCACUACAGGGCUACGAUCGGGGUCGACUUUGCACUUAAAGUUAUCAACUGGGACAGCAAAACGCUGGUCAGGUUACAGCUGUGGGAUAUCGCAGGUCAGGAGCGGUUUGGGAACAUGACGCGAGUGUACUACAAAGAGGCUGUGGGGGCAUUCGUGGUGUUCGAUGUGACAAGGGGCUCCACGUUUGAGGCAGUGUCUAAGUGGAAGCACGACCUGGACAGCAAGGUGAAGCUGGCUAAUGGCAGCCCCAUCCCCUCUGUGCUGCUCGCCAAUAAAUGCGACCAGAAAAAAGACAGCUCCAACAACACAGCCCUAAUGGACAAUUUCUGCAAAGAGACCGGCUUCCUGGGCUGGUUUGAAACCUCAGCAAAGGAUAACAUUAAUGUGGACGAGGCAGCACGUUUCCUGGUUGAGAAUAUCUUGUCUAACGACAAAGGUUUGCCAUACGAGGAGAGCAAUGGAGAUCGGAUCAAACUGGACCAGGAAACUGUGGCUGCUGAGAGCAAGUCAGGCUGCUGCUGACACUAAAUCCAUUCAUACCAGCCAUCCGCCUCGUUUGGCAUGGUCUGACCCGCGAACCCGGCCUGUGGCUCUCAGCCCUCUACUGCAGCCUCUCUGUGGAAUAUAAAUUCUUGGGUCUCCAAAGCUCCAGGAUCUUCUUCUCUCUGCACUGAUGCCGUUUGCCCUGCACAUCUAUAGUUGUUUUCACUAGGCCCGAAAAGAAGCCCAAUUUUAUCUUAAUGUUGUCACUGUCUAUGUAGGGCUGUUUCCUUCUUUGUUAUUUUGUUUAUGUCACCGCAUAUUUCCCUGAUGGUUUAUUCCACCACUAACUAUAAAUGUUAUCCAGCCUUUCCCACCUGAACUCUGCUGCUCCUCAUAUUGCCCUGGUACCCUCUGAAGCCCUUGACUAUACCACACUUGAAAGGGGUGCAAAUUAAGCAAAACUAGAAAACAACCUGUAGCCUCUCGAUAAUGUCUCUUUGGUUUUGUCAGUAUCCUUGUUAUUCAACAUUUUUCUGUGAGACAAGAUCCUUUUUGCUCGCAUCACACUCAUGUUUGUGUUUCCAGGUGUUCUACUGCUGUUUGAAAAAGUAAGCAGACUCACAGUUAAGCAUUAUCAAAGAGUUAUGUAUCUCAUAUUUAAUUAAUUGUUGGCUUAAUUUCAUGAUUUCUUUAAAAAAAAACGCCAUGUUAAGUAUGUGAAAAAAAUAAUAAUCAUAUUUUGAUACUAUAUCUGACACUGCCUUUCCACUAGCUGGAAAAUGUAGAUUUACAGCCUGUUUUUUUCCUCUUAUUGUUGGGCCAUACUGUACAUGGUCAUGCAACUGGUGAACGAGAUAUCAGAAACUACAGACUACAACUGUCUUGUACAUUAAAGUGUUCAGAAAAUCUGAGAGACUUUUUAAACACUGGGUUGAGAUUAAGUUUGUACGUAAAAAAUACUUUACAAGACCAAAUAGAUAAUAAACAUUUUAAAAUAU